AUGGCUACGGCUCAAGCUGAGAUUGCCAAUCAGUCUAAACAACAGAACAAUAUCUAUCUCAUUCAAACUGGAACCAUGCAGACCAUGGCCAACCUGGCCAUCAUGAACAAGGAUCUCAGCGGCCUUGACAAGAUCACUCAAGAGUUCUACACACUUCAACAAAAGCAGAUCAUGCUCAAAGUCCGUGAGCAAUCUCAAGCGGCUAGAGCUAAAGCAGCUGCAUCCAACACUCAAUCGUUUCCAAUCAAGCAAGUGGUAGUACUCAAACUGGGUCAACCUCUGGCUCUACUCAAACUCAAUCAGCUUUAA